AUGCCUGCUCCAGUCCGUCGCACAGUAAAGACCCUCGCUGCCGCAGUCUCAACCUGCAGCGCUCCCGCCGCAGUCUACGGCCAAUGCAUCAACAAAAUCUUCGGCGACGUCCAGAAGGACUCCUGCCGCGCUGAGUUUGUCGCUUUCAAGGAGUGUGUUACCAAAGCGAUGAAACGAGCCUGA